AUGGCCUCCAAGACCCUGCCCCGUGCCCUGCGCCUGUCGACCCGCGUGGCCGUCCCCCGCCGCUCCCUGGUCACUGCUGCCCGGGCUCGCCCGGCCCUGGCUGCUGCUCCGGCUGCACGCAGCCCGGUGGUCGUGCCUACGCGUGGUGUCAAGACCAUUGACUUUGCCGGCACCAAAGAGACCGUCUACGAGCGUGAGGACUGGCCUCGUGAGAAGCUCCAGGAGUACUUCAAGAACGACACGCUCGCCCUCAUCGGCUACGGCUCCCAGGGCCACGGCCAGGGUCUCAACCUGCGUGACAACGGCCUGAACGUCAUCGUCGGUGUCCGCAAGGAUGGUGCCUCGUGGAAGGAGGCCGUCCAGGACGGCUGGAUCCCCGGCAAGAACCUGUUCGACGUGACCACUGCCAUCGAGAAGGGCACCAUCAUCAUGAACCUGCUCUCCGACGCCGCCCAGUCCGAGACCUGGCCCACGAUCAAGCCCCUGCUGACCAAGGGCAAGACCCUGUACUUCUCCCACGGUUUCUCGCCCGUCUUUAAGGACCUCACCAAGGUCGAUGUUCCCAAGGACAUCGAUGUGAUCCUCGUCGCCCCCAAGGGCUCUGGUCGUACGGUGCGCUCGCUCUUCCGCGAGGGCCGCGGUAUCAACUCGUCGAUUGCCGUCUACCAGGACGUCACCGGCAAGGCCAAGGAGAAGGCCAUUGCCAUGGGUGUCGCCAUCGGCUCGGGCUACCUGUACGAGACGACCUUCGAGAAGGAGGUGUACUCGGACCUGUACGGUGAGCGAGGAUGCCUGAUGGGCGGUAUCCACGGCAUGUUCCUGGCGCAGUACGAGGUGCUUCGGGAGCGCGGCCACUCGCCGUCCGAGGCCUUCAACGAGACGGUCGAGGAGGCGACGCAGUCGCUGUACCCGCUGAUCGGCGCCAACGGCAUGGACUGGAUGUACGCGGCGUGCUCGACGACGGCCCGCCGUGGCGCCAUCGACUGGGCUCCCAAGUUCAAGGAGGCGCUCAAGCCGAUCUUUGACGAGCUGUACGACAGCGUCAAGGAUGGCAAAGAGACGAAGCGCGCGCUGGAGUACAACUCGCAGAAGGACUACCGCGAGCGCUACGAGAAGGAGAUGGAGGACAUUCGCAACCUGGAGAUCUGGCGUGCGGGCAAGGCCGUGAGAUCUCUGCGCCCUGAGAACCAGAAAUAA